AUGCACAAAAAAGGCGAGAUCCCUGCGGCGUUUCAGGCCCUUCCGUUCUCCAGACUCUUGAUCGUUUCCGUUCUUUGCGGCGAGGCCAGGCUUCCGGAAGGCGCACGUCUAUCACCCACAAAUCCGUCAUCGUCGUGUGUGCGGGCAAAAAAAGACAUGCAAGACGGAAUGAUAUCCAGAGUACAGGACAAACUGCAAACUUUCCUGAUCAAAGAGGCCUGUAGACAUACAAUAAGACCUCGAGGCGUUUGGCUCUUUCUCUAUCAGCCAAUCUUUAGACACCUCUCAGACUCCGCCUCUUGCUCUACCGUAUGCGUGAAACGAGAGCGGAGUCAUUCGCCGGUGGCUGCCCGUACAUGGAUCGUGUUCUAUUUCGUCGUGUGUGUCAAGGGGGGGGAAUCCUCAGAAUACCCGGCUUUUGAAUUGCACCUCUACCGACCGACCGGGCGAGGAUCCCAGCGUUUUCUUCUCCGUCUUCUCUUCUCGCGACCUGUCCGUAUACAGAAGAGGAGAGUAGACUCCGCCCACUUUUAG